AUGACUCCAGCUAAUUUGGCAGGGCAGUUUGGUGAUACCACAUACACCAAGGUGUUUGUUGGAGGAUUGGCUUGGGAAACCCAGAAGGAAACCAUGAAGAAAUACUUUGAACAGUUCGGUGAGAUCUUGGAGGCUGUUGUCAUCACUGACAAGGCCACAGGCAGAUCAAAAGGCUACGGAUUUGUAACUUUUCGCGAAUCCGAAGCUGCCAUGAGAGCUUGUGUGGAUGCUGCUCCUGUGAUUGAUGGGAGGAGGGCCAACUGCAAUCUUGCUUCUCUGGGAGUUCAGAGAUCCAAGCCUUCAACUCCAAAGCAUGGUGGUGGAGGAGCAGGCAGGAACUUUAGGGUAAUGGGGUCUUUCCAAACAGGGUUCGGAGGUGGAGUCGGAUCAGCUUUUCCUUCUGCAGCAGCAACCUUCCCUCAUUAUGCCAUCCAACAAGGGAUACCUUACAAUCUUUAUGGGUACUCUCCAUACUCACCAGACUACACUUACCCUACGAACUACUAUGGUUUGUAUGGAGGGGCAACCGGGCAGUAUCCUAUGUACGGGACAAGCCCUGCAGGCGGAAUGGUGACGGGAGCCGCCGCGGCUGCAGCUGCGUUUUACCCGUAUCUGCAAUACGGAUCAGAAGGGAAUGGAGGAGCUGCAGCAGCUUAUAGUACUACUUCAGGUGUGCAGAACUACGCAACUGGUGUCCAAUAUCCACACCACCACCACCACCACCUGUUCCAGUAUUCGGCCUUGAAUUCAACUGGUGUUGGAGGAGGCUACCAGCACUAUGGUCCUCCCAUUUCUCUUGCGCCCUCACCCGCCUUGCAAUCGCCAGGCGUAACCAUGGCCCUCCCUGCACCAAUUCCUCAUCGCUAG